AUGGCCCGCAAGACUGGACUGAGGGGACUGCAGGAGUGGGCCAAGCAUGUCACGCAAGGCUAUCGCGAUGUGGAGGUGACUAACAUGACUACAGCCUUCAAGAGUGGUCUAGCAUUCUGUGCCAUCAUCCACCGCUAUCAUCCAGAGCUCAUUCCCUAUGACGAGCUGCGUAAGGAGAAUGUACUGGACAACAAUCAACUGGCUUUCUCAGUGGCUGAGAGUGAGCUGGAUAUUCCUGCACUGUUGGAUGCAGAGGACAUGGUCUCCCUGGCUGUACCUGACAAACUCAGCAUUGCAACCUACCUAUCCUUGUACUACAACUACUUCAAGGACAAGACUCCAGCGAAGGCUGGCUCUCAAGGGGUUAAAACUGCCACAACUAACGAAACUGCUCCAUCUCCAAAACGAUCGAAAGUUGAACCAAUUAAAAAAGCAAUGUCCAGUCCAUCCCUCAAAGACAAAGAAAACACACCAUUCAAGACUCAUCCUUCGAGCCAAAUCAAUCCACCCCCACUGGUAAAGACAAGUCCAACUAAACCAGUGGCGUCUACUGCUGUUCAUAAGGGCCGCAAGUCCAAGUUCAACAAGGCGAAUGAGAGUGAGGGAGGAACACUGAAGCGUGGGACGAUGGGUAAAGAAGAGUGUGAAGUGUGUGGGGAGAGAGUGUUCUUGUUAGAGAGACUGGGAGUGGAGAACAGAGUGUUCCAUAGAUCAUGCUUCAAGUGCAGCACAUGUUUAGUAGCACUAAAACCAGGCAGUUAUGAGCUUCAUACCGAAACUAACAAAUUCUACUGUCAGCAACAUUAUCGUGAAGCUAAUCGUCAAGCUACUAUUAAACGUACAAUGGCAGAGCGAGGAUUGUCCCCAAGCAAUGACGCGCCCAUCAAACCAAAAAGGUCCAAGAAAUUCAAAACUAAACCUGAGGCAUCGACUGAGAUCCCACCAAAGCAGCCUGAUGAUAAGAGCAUACCUAGUGAAGUGAGAGCUGGUCUACCAUCGCUACUAAAGACACUGGCUACUAAUAAACAACAGAGAGAAGCAACUACGGCCAGUGUGGUGCCCCCCAAAGAAGCUACGACCAGUGUGGUGCCCCCCAAACAAGCUACUGUCAGUGUGGUGCCCCCCAAACAAGCUACGGCCAGUGUGGUGCCCCCCAAACAAGCUACGGCCAGUGUGGUGCCCCCCAAACAAGCUACGGCCAGUGUGGUGCCCCCCAAACAAGCUACGGCCAGUGUGGUGCCCCCCAAACAAGCUACGGCCAGUGUGUUGCCCCCCAAACAAGCUACGGCCAGUGUGUUGCCCCCCAAACAAGCUACUGUCAGUGUAGUGCCCCCCAAACAAACGGUGGUGGCUAAGAUACAAAGAAACACUAUUCCAACGAAACCUCCUUCCCCCGUUACCAACGUUACCAACCUCCCAGCCAGACCUCAACCACCAGUUACCAGUACUAGCAAGACUGACUCUGAAGCUCUAACAAAACCAAUCCAAACAAUUGUAACUACAAGAAAGAUUCAUGAAGUUAAACCAACUGUCACAGCAGCUAGUAUCCCAGAGGUUAGGCCAACUGCUAGCAUCACUCCUACCAAAACUGUACCCAAAGUGAUUGGUGCUAAAACACCACAAACAAUUGAUCCAGUGAAGAAGACAGCAGUUGAUCCAGUGAAGAAAACAGCAGUUGAUCCAGUGAAGAAAACAGCAGUUGAUCCAGUGAAGAAGACAGCAGUUGAUCCAGUGAAGAAGACAGCAGUUGAUCCAGUGAAGAAGACAGCAGUUGAUCCAGUGAAGAAAACAGCAGCAGUUGAUCCAGUGAAGAAAACAGCAGUUGAUCCAGUGAAGAAAACAGCAGUUGAUCCAGUGAAGAAGACAGCACUUGUUGGGUCCGGAGAGUCUGUUGUUCCAGUGAAGCCGCCAAGGAAGAAGAAGGAUGAAGAUGUCCCUGUAAAACGAGGUUCUAUCAAGCCCAAAAGACCAGCUCCCCCACGCCCAGUAAAUCCCCCCCACAGAGGUCAGCCGGAGCAAGUCAGAGGUGGGGAGCUGCUGGUUGAGAAGCGUAAACGACGGGUGGCCACACUCAAGAGAGAGUUGGAUCAUGUUGAGAGAGAGCAGGAAAGGCUAGAGGAAAGGGGUGUGGUACUAGAGCAGCAACUACGCCAGAAAGAGGAGGAGGCUGAUGACACAUUGAUGGAGGAGUGGUUUGGAUUGGUGAAUGAUAAGAGCAUGCUAGUACGUACCGAGUCUGACUUGGUGUAUGAGCUCAAGGACUUGGAGCUAGUGGAACAACACGAAGCUCUUGAUAUUGAGAUAAGAACAAGACUAGCCAAACCUGAUUCCCUUAAGAGUGCGGUGGAGAGGUUGGAAGAGGAGGCAAUGAUUUCUGAGCUCGUGGAAUUGGUAGAGAAAAGAGACAAACUUCUCUGGACACUACAUUUUGAGAAGACACAAGACGAUGAGAGUGAUAGGCAAGUGGAGCUAAUGACCUCAACACAAGUCCCCAGCAAACUCAACAAAUCCAUGUCCUUUAUGUGAACACGUUACUCUGUGUAUUUAAUUUCUAAGCUAUUUAAUUUUGUAAUUUUUGUAUACAACAUAUAAUGUUUUUCACUACAUACUAAAUUGUUAUUCUAAUAAUAAGAAGUGGCACAAAUAAAAAUGAUUCUCUAGCUAUUCUUGA